ACGACGUCAAAUUUUAUUUUCAGAAGCCCAAAACAAAACCAAACAAACGGAACGAAUUUCGGUCAGAUCAGUUUAGUCGGAUUAUAGUUUUGUUUUGCUACGUUGUGCUCCGAAAUAAAAGUGUUAAAUUGCAUGUGCUUGAUUGCUAAGUUUGGUAAAAGUAAGUGCGCAAAAAUGGUGUAAUGGUUUGCAAGCGAAAUUAUACGGUGAAAAGAUGAAUAUCGGACGGUUGAAGCUAAAGCCCAAGGGGAGCUCUACUAGCAAAAGUGGGAGCCCCCUUCCGCCAGUUCAGGUGCCACCAAACCUGUCGCAGUUUUCCAGCCCAUCAAACCUUGGCCCCAACAAGUCACCCGUUGUAAGUCGCUCAGAGCCUUCAGUUCGGUUCAAGCUAGAGGAGGACAUUAUCGGCAGUCUCAGUGUGAGUAGUGCCAGUGCCAGUGGUAGCAACAAUGAAGACAGCCUAGAAAUUAUGGAGGAAAUAGAUAUUCCAGACGAUGAAAGUACACAGGAUAACGACGCUAGCGGUAGCAUUUCGGAAAACCUUGUUCUUAGUGCAGCUCCCGCUGAAAACGUGCCUCAACGGUCUGUAGACAACAGUAAAAUAGCGACCGACAGAAAAAAGCAGUUGUUUGAUAUUGACAAUGAACUGCCCGGUGAAUCGGGUGUUCGGAAAUUCGACAUUGAUGAUUUGCAACUGUCCGGUGAUGAAAUAGCUCAACAUUUUCAAUCAUUUAGUGAAAGUACUGAUCUAAAGGAUGAAGAUAAUAAAGUGAAUCUUGCCGUUAAAAAGAAGCUGUUGAAACAAAACCACGAUGUAGGCUCACUGGGUACGUUGUUAGAUAAUAUCGAAUCUUCAUCGGAUGUUCUAGGAAGUGAUCCAAAGAAAGAAGAAUCAGAUUUGAAGCAAAAAGUGGGUGAAUCGAAAAAAGAAUUAUCUCCACUAAAUGAAGAUGUAGUGUUGAUAAACAAUAGCAAAGUGAGUUUAAAAUCGUUGAAGAAGCUCCAGAAACAAUCGAAUGUACUCGAUAAUAGUGGCGAUAACAGUUACAGCACAACUAAUGACAUCUCGGAAUUAGCUCGAGAUACGGAGAGCGAUCGCAUAAUGAGUGAUAAUAACGAUAACAGCUCUAGAAGCGAUGUUGCUUCCAAACCGAUGGAUAGUGAUAAGGAAGCAUCCCUUCAAAAAUUAUCAUCAUUAAUGUUAAGAAGUAGAAGUGCAGAAAUAGAGGAGAAGAACGUACAAAGUGAAGAUAAGCCUGAAUUUGCUAGUCUUGGCGUAGUGAAGCUAUGCAAUGAGCAAUCAUCAGAGGUACAUGACUCAAGUGUGGAAGAAGAUAACUCUAUAGAAGAAAUGUUGAUGUCUAAUGCCUCAGUUGACAUAUUGGCAGUGAAUGAAAUGGUUCUGUCAGAAAACCAGCAGUUGAAAGAAGAUUCAAGUGAUAGUAAUCUAUCUGGUGAUUUAAAGGAAAAAAUAUUGACUUCAAGCAAAUCUUUUGAAGAAAUUAAAUCACAGCAUGAGCUAGAUGUACCUGCCGACAAUCUUGAGGGAAAUAAACCUGUAGUUGUUAAACAGAUGGAAAAAGUUGUUGACAUCAAGGAAGCGUUAGAGGACAUCUCCGAAGAGUCAGAACAAACACUGACCAACUCCAACCACUCGGAAAGUCGCCCGAAUACCGAUGACGAACAAUCAAAACCUCUAGCUGUGGUAGAGAAAGGUAAAGAGAUACGCAAAAUACUGGAGGAAAAAUUACUACACAAGCAACUUAACAUUGAAAGUACUAUUUAUGAAGACAACAAGGAAAACAUUCCGGAUUCUUUGAGUGUAAAUAAAAGUUUUGAUUUGGACAGUGUUGUGAGCCUGAACAUGUUCCAGGCAAUGAAUAACGAAAUAAAGCAAUUGCAUGAAAUAAUUGCUACCAAAGACAUGAUGUUAGAAGCCUAUUCUACCAGAGAUUCUUUGAAAGAAACUCGACUAGAAUCUCUAAGAGACCCACAGAGAAGUAGCGACUCAAGUAGCUUAGCUACCAAUUCCACUGAGUACAGACCUUUGAACGAUGAGACUGUAUCCAAGAAAGAACUCCUCCAAAAAGUCGCCGACCAAAAUCAGUGGAUUGUUACACUCGCAGAAAAGCUUCAAGAAAUCAAUCAAGCACGAGAGAUGGAGCGAUCAGAAAGUAUCAAAUUAGUAGCGGAAGUCAAUCGUCUCACAAAGCAACUGGCUGAAAAUGCUGAUACAAUCAAACAGAGACCGCAUUGGAUGCGUGAUCAGGAAAGUACGGGACAAAGAAUAUCGGAGAUUUCUAUAGAUUUAGUCAGCGAAACCGAUGAUGCCUUAUCGGAUUUUCCAGAUUUAUAUGAGGAGCGCUCAAACAGAAAUUCACGGGAACGUCAACUGGAUUUAAAUUUGGACAUUGAUUAUUCGGAACAAAAUCCUCUUCAUAUUCCUACUGCAAUCAGCAAGCAAUUGGAACAAUUCAGAAAGUAUUUAUCAGCAGAUGAAUUGAGGCUAUUCAACAUGGUGCAAGGUAAAUUCGACGAUUAUUUGCAGCAGGAACUAGACAAAAUGAAAACAACUAGUGAAGAAGAACUCAAAAUCAUUCAAGAACGGUUGGUCUCAGAGAAAAACGAACAUGACGCAGAAGUGAGCCGACUACGGCAACUAUUAUCAAACGUGAAAAGUGGAUCCGUAGAGAUCGAAGAUUUGAAAAGUGAGCUUGAGGCUCGCCAUACUCAAGAGAUGGAUGAUCUACGAACAUAUUUCCAGGAAAAGGUUGCCGAAUUCGAAAAGCAAUAUUCUGAAAAGGUGCUUUCGCAACAUAGCAGACAAAUGUCUAACGACACUGCGUCUGACAUAUCAGACCAAGAAGAAUUUCCAGAAGAGAACGGCGGUUAUCAUUCUAAGCACACCAGUCCAAAACGCAAGGCUAAAGAAGAUAUCUAUCUCAGCCCAACGCAUAGGAAAAUUACUCCAACUACUAUUGACACCACUGAAAGUAGUGCGGACGAAGUAAUGGAAUUUCCCAUGGAGGAAGAAGAUGAAGCCCAUCUCACUGUCGAUAGUUUACGGGAGUACUAUCAGAAUAAGCUGAAAGAGCUCAAGCGACAGCAUGAACAAGAUUUGCGAGAGCUGCGAAAAACAUUCAAACAGUUUGAGGAAAAGGAUAUCGACGAAAAAGGCUUGCCUAACAAUGAAGACCCAAUUACGAACAAAGAUACAUCUCCUCACACAAUUGAAGAAGUGACCGUAACGUCGGCGACAAAGCCUGAAUGUUUGCCGCCUUCAGCUGGUGUGAUACUAAUAGACAAAAGCACCACCUCCACCACUAAUACCACCACCGUGGAUAUCGGUACCGAACCGAUCGACGAUUUACACGAGAUUAUUGCCGACUACGAACGGCGGCUACAGGAACAGGUGGCCUUAGCUCGGCAGGAUGUUUUGCGGGAACUAGAAGUGCAGAUACAGGCACUGUUGUCCGAUACAAUAUCGGAAGAUUAUCAUUGGCCACCGGAACUUAUACUGCUAAGAGAGAAGCUGACGGCCAAGAGCCAACUGGAGAUAGCUCAGCUGCAAAUAAAACAUGAGGAAGAGAUGGCCAAAGUGAAAGCAGAUUUUGAAAAGCAACUGCAAUGGAAGCUCAAACGGCAAUCAACGUUCGAUUCUGCACGUGAUUUGGAUAAAAUAAUUAGUGAACGCGAUAAUCUACGUGAACUAUCUUCGACGUUGAGAAGUGUGUUGUGUGAGCUCGUUAGGUAUGUGUCAAACUGUGAAGAUGAUCUUAACAGUACAGUGAUUGACGAGCUGCAUAAGUAUGGAAUCGUUCCCGGUAAUGCCGAAGAAGUGUUGGAAUGUUCCGCACUGGACAUGAGUGUGUCAAACAUCUCAACUUUGUCUACCAAAAAGUUCCUUAAAUUUACACCGGAUGUGUCGGGUUUAAUUUCAAUAAUUGAAGAUCCUACAUUGUUGGAAUACAUAUCCAAAGAAAGUGUUAACCAUGAUGGUGCGAACAGAUCCCUUAAUCUGGAUGAGUGCUUGGAAAAAUUAAGGUCCGAAGCAAUGCAUAUAUUGUCACUAUCAGAAAAGAUAGCAAAGAAGUCAUCUACUAAGGAUGAAGAUUUAGAUAAAGUUUCUGUGAAAAGUGAUAGUUGUGAAGAAGAAGAUGGUUUGAAACGGAAAGUAGUUAAGAAAGACACUGUUGGUUCGCGAUCGUUUGAUGAGAACAUAGUGAGACAUAGUAGAACGAUGGAUGCAUCUCAUAUCGACAGCAGUCUUCCUAUGGAUUUGACGGCCUUACAGUGCAGCGGUGAACUCAAUGUACAGCUGCACGAGUUGAGAAAUGAAAAGCGUCAGUUAGAAAUGAAAUUAGCCGACGCAUUGAGUAAACAAAACAGCUUGGUUGUUGAAUUGAAUGAGACAAAGCAACAUUUACUGGAGCUAAACAGUCAAAAAGUUGAAAUAAGUGAAGGAUAUGGUACAAAUGCAUUGCUGCCAUGUGCUCAGAAGCAAGCAAAUUCAUUUUCCGAGUUGCAAGAAAAGGCUAAACAAAUUCUUGCGAGUAGUCCGGAUAGCGACAUAGAUAACAGCACCAACUUACUCCAAUUGGUUGAAGAAUUUUGCCGUGAAGGCGAACGGUACAUGGAGAAUGGAAAACGUGACAAGCUGGAUCUUCAGUCACAGAUCGAUGCUGCUGAUAAACAACUGAAAGCAACGAGACAAUUCCUGGAAGAUCAAGCUGCAGAACGGGAACAGGAACGUGAUGAGUUUGUUAAAGAAAUAGAAAAACUCAAAAUCCAAUUGCGAGAGAAAGACAAGGACAAGACAAACAUCGAUCGGGUCACUAAAGAGGAUGGAUUUUUGUGUGACAGUUGUAGUUGUGGUAUCGAUAAUCGGGAGAUUAUUGAAAAACUGGAAACAGCAGAGCAAAACAUCAAAGAGCUCUCCGCCGAAAUUGCUGCGAGAGACGACAAGAUCCGAAAACUGGAAAAUGAUCUCAAAGAUUCCAUCGACAAGGGUUUCACGCUCAGGGAGAUCAUCACUGAACUAGAAACUCAGAAUGAAAGCAAGGCUAUCGAUCAACACGUCAUGGUGACGAAAAUAAAGGAACUUGAAAGCUACAUCGAUGCACAAAAUCGUCAAAAUGAAUCGCUACAUCAAGAGACCGAUAUGACCGUCCGAGGAUACGAUGACAAAAUCGCCAAAUUGGAGGAAGAGCUCCGGCAAACAAAACCAAGUGUCGAGCAUAGUCUAGUGUUAGAAGCAUUGACUGUGCAACUUCGCGACGUCGAGGAAACAUUGGAAAGAAAAACCAAAAACUUAGAAACCCUUCAUGCCAAUUCGUCUGCAUCGUUAGUUUGUAGUAGUCCUUCUGAAGAUAUUUCCGUGAAUAGUCCUUCGCAUCGAAAAAAGUCCGCGGAAAAUAGUUCAAUCCCACCGUUGCCAGUUGAUGAAGUACAGCGCAUAUUCGACAAGCUUCAUCGACACACGCGCGUCGAAGAAGUGGCCAUCAAACGCAUCAAUGACUUGGAGAUGCAGAUAUGUAGCGUGCGCAACGAGUAUGCGGAACUACAACACGAGCGCGAUGUACUUCAAGAGAGAAUGUCAGAGCAAUCACUCAAGAUCACAACGCUUCAAUCGAAGCUGGACGAGCAACGGUUACGGGCCGAAGAACUCCAUCGGCAGGGAACAUCUCACCUGACGGUUAAGGUACACGAUCUGCAGAACGAGGUAGUCAACCUGAAGGAAACACUCCAAACACGCGAUAAGCAGAUUACGAGCUUGAAAAACUUUUUGGAAAAUAGUCAGCAAGUAAUUGAACGCCAGGAGAAAGAACUGGCCAUGAAUCAGGCCGACAACGAUCGUAGUCAAUACGAGCUAAAACUCGAGGCGGAACUGCAGGCAAAAUGUGACGAAAUUCAACAAUUGAAAAACAAAAUUCAAAACGAUAUGAUCAACAAACUAGCACUGCCCGACCUGAUGGAGACAAUGCUUGCUGAUAAAAACGAAGAGAUUGAUCAGUUGAAAGAGAAACUCAGCCAACUGCAGUCGCAACAUCACCCACCAGCAUCCCAUCUCGGUCACGGGAAAGAAGACGACAACGCUCGCACUUUGAGUGACAUCGUAUCGAUUACUGAUUGUGACGAAUCGGAUAUGGUAAUGCGACGCUUACCCGAGCAGAACGAGGGGCUACUACCCACGCAGCACAGCAUCCCAAUGAUGGUCUGGAGCGACUUUUGUAUCUUGUCGAUAAAGGAAACACCUUCCAACUUUUUCAAUUUGAAGGAACAGCAUCAAACCGCAUCCACCAUUCACAGCACUACUCAUCUGCCAACCAGCAGCAGCAAUGUAUCCCCUCUGCAGCAUGCUAUGCAGCUACCAAAGGCCACUCUUUUCCCGCUGGGCUUUGAAGGAGCGUUUUUACAAGACUUUUCCGCUGUAUUCCCGCGACCAACUCCGUCCACCGGCACCAGCAGUGGUGGUACGCCAGAAUUCAUUCCCAGACAUAUCAAUUUCUCCUUGAUUGACAACCCGCGAUCUGCGGAAGGUAAGGACCGUUUACGAGAGCCCGCAUUUAUAGAGGAAAUUCAUGAACAAGAAGAAGAGAAAGUGAUGGCUCAAACCAUGACUGCUAGCGGAGGUAAAAGAUUGUCCGACAUUUCGGAGAAUGUUAGUGAAGAAGAUAAGGGCAAGCUGGAAAAUGAACUCGAGUCGUUAAAAAUGCAAUUAGAUAGAAUUACUAACGAAAAGAAUGUAGCACUAGAACGAAUGCAUGCUGAAAUCCAGGAAAAAAUUGAAAACAUCGAAGAUCUACAAGUAGAACUAGCUGCCCGAAACAAAUUAUAUGAAGAUUUGCUGCGGGAGAAGAAAGACCUUCGAGAUGAAUUGGAAAAAGUAAAGCAUGAUUUGGAUCAGCUUGAAUCAGAUGCAUGCAAUUUGCAGAAGAAAGAGAACGAACUGAAAGAAGUUCUUGAAAGCAUGACACACAAAGACCAAGAAAUGUGCGAUUUGAAGGGUAUCUGCAACAAACUUCGAGAAGAAAUAGAACAACAUGUGAGAGAUUCUGAAUCUUUGAAGUCGGAGCAGCAGAAAAAUCAUCUUCUGAUUGAUACGCUGAAACAGCAGGUGGAGUCUUUGAAUAAGACAAUCGGCCAUAAGGACGAACUUAUGUCUAAAUUAGAGAAGGAUAUACUGAACUACAGUAAAAACGAAGAAAAAUAUCUCGAGCAGCUGAAGGUAUUGGAUGCAAAAGAAAUUGAAUUGAGAUUGCUACAAGGGAACUACAAAGACCGCAUGCAAGAGAUUGAAAUGCUCAACGAAGAUAAUAAAUUUUUGAAUGAGGAUAUAACCCGUUUGAAAAAUGAAAUAGCAAAGAGCUCUUCUAAUUCGUCAUCUAAUCCUUCGUAUGUUCAGUUUCUGAAACAAAAUUGUGAGAAAAUUGAGGAAGAGUUACGAGAAACAAAGGCACUUCUAACGGAAAAGAUGCUGGCUCUAGAGAGAGUUAAAAUAGAUCUAACAAGCUGCCAACGUGAAGCCGAAGAUGUCAAAUCUCUGCUCAAAGAAAAGGAAAUGAUUAUACAACAAAUUGGUGAUGACGGGAAUACCUUACACCAAGCAUUAUCGAAUAUUCAGAAUCAAAUGCAGGAGACUAGCGGAAACCUCAACAAAAAGCUUCGGGAAGAACAAGAUCGCAAUACUGCACUACUAGCAGAGAUUGACAGGUUAAAAACUCUUCUACAAAGGAGUGAUAACUCUUCGAGUCCAAAACCUUUCUCGGUUGAAGAAAUUGCCGAGCAGCUAGAAAAAGAACUGAACUAUUCCGCACAGCUAGAUUCCAGUAUACUGAAGGCCAUUGAAAGUGACGAUGUCAAUUCAGAUGACGAGGCGAAUGAGGCAAUCAAAAAAUCUAAAGACGGUUUGGCUGAUGCUGUUCAACUGGAAGAGCUUACACAGAAAUUGCGCAUGGAAGCCGAAAAGGGCAAUAAGCUGAAAGAAAUGCUUGAAGCGGAAAAACACAACAGCAAUGAAAUUCAGAUGCAGGAUGCAGAAAUAAUAGAGGCAAUGCGGCUUCGCUUGGAGGCUGCAAUAGAUAAUGAAGGAACACUUCAAAAGUUGUUGUCGGAAGAGAGAAGUAAAAACGAGCGCUUAUCUACGUUAAUGGCAGGAGUUCAAAGAACAAAAUCGUUCGAUAAUUAUUUAUUGAUGAAGAAUAAGUCGCCACAUGACUCACCGUCGAGGAGGCUCAAUCGAAGCAAUGAGUUUGAAUCAGAGAUGGUUGCGCGUUUUGAGAGCGAAAUUAAAUUUCUGAAUGCACAAAAUGAAAGAGAGCGUGAGAGGGCGAUUGAUUUGCAACGGGCACUGGAAAGAGAACGUAAUAGGUUCGAGAAAGAGAUAGCCGAUAGAAACGAAUAUGGCGAACAGGUGAAGCGAGAACUGAUGAGAGUUACUAAGGAAAAAGAGCAACUCGAAGUCGAGUUGGAUAAUGAGCAAGAGAAAUUGCUUCUAUCCCACAAAGAGAUUGAAAGCUUGGAGAGGCGGAUAAAUGCUUUGCAAGAAGCAGAAUCUAUGAGGUCUCUACGCAAAGACAGAUCACUUGAGUUCCAAGACAUUCGAUUGCGUUUAGAGAACGUAGAGCAAGAACGAGUUCAGUUACUUGAAACCAAUCGAAGUCUCCGAACGGAAGUUGAACGCCGAAAACAAAAUGAAGCCCAUUUGAUGGAAGCGCUGAGUAGAGGUAACUCCUUGAAAGAAAGCGGAGUACCGGAAGAAUUCCUCACGAAGUUGAAAGAUUUAAAUCGCAUGCUGGAGGCCAAUGCACGUGAAAACCAUCAACAAGCAGAAACGUUACGAUUAAUGGUCGAAGAGCGCAGAGCCUUGCAACAAAGAAUUCAAGAGUUAGAACGGUUUAAUGUCAACAGCAAUCGUUCCAAUCGAGAUGACUUAGAAGAACGCGCGAAUCACCUUUUUGGUAAAUAUUUACGCUCCGAAAGCCAUCGAAAAGCUUUAGUUCAUCAGAAACGGUACCUUCAAAUUGUACUUACAACAUACGAAGAAAACGAGGCGAAAGCUCUUCAGCUGCUCAAUGCUCAAAACGUUCCUAUGGGCAUUCAAGGUCUUUCGUUUGCUAAGCCGAAUGCAGAUGAAAAUCACCCUCGAAGAAAGUCUUUCCGCUCUGUCGUGACUGCCAUAAUUGCCAUAGAACGGAUGAAAUUCAUCGUGCGAAAAUGGCAAGGUGGGCGACGUGUUUGUGCGAAGGCAAUCUUUUCUCAACAGUUCACUCCUCGAAGAUCGCAAUCGGCCACUACCAAUGUGUGGACCCGAUCACAGAACUCCCACUUUGUGGAGUAUAAUGCGUCCCCACCGUCGAGAGAUCGCGCCGUAUUCCAUCCAUCCGUAGUGCACCAGGUACAAAACUACCCCAGUCAGUAUCUCAGACUGCCGGAAUCGCAACUCGUCAUGAACGCAGACCUACGAGAACGACUCGAAGAUCAGUAUAACCAAACAAAUCGGUAAUCAUUUCAUUUCUGUUUGUAUAAUUUUGAACUGGUUUCUACUUGUUAGGUGUAAUAAUGUUUGAGCAAAAGUAUUAAUUUGCGAAUUAUCAUUAUUCCGGAUUAUCAUUUUAGCUCUAGUUCUUUUAAAAGUACUUUGGAUGUAUGUUUUGCUCAUAUUUUAUACUGUCACAAUCAGCUCAAACCAAAAACUAGUAAUAAAGUGUAUCGUAUCAUAGUGUCAUUCUUUAUUUUUGGAAUCUUUUCUAUCACUUGUCAUAAUGUAGACAAACGUGAUGGUACAAAUAGAAUCGAAUAGUGCCUUAUGCUACAUGUCCAGCAUAUCAUUGAUACUCAGAUACACGCGACUGUAUAGAAUGCUCUUAUAAAUCAUUUCCUGUUUGAGUUACUUUAAGACAAAACAAGAACUUUCUGAUUGCUUUUCAGCAGCUAUUAUUAUUGCUGCAUCCAUAAUAAUGAGCAGUCAUUUUCACUGCUCUCUUUCUGUGAAUGUGAAAUCCUGGACUAUAGUAAAGCAUCAUCAUGCAAAAACAGAGAACAAAUAAAUAAAUGGCAUUAAGAAGUAACUUUAUGUUUAAUUUUAUGCUUUACUUUAUAUGUAGAGAUUUGUUGGCCAUUUGAUUGGCUGUAAUGAUGUUCUAUUCUAUAAGCCAUCUUUAACUCUAGGAAUAAAAAUGCCUUACAAAAGUGUUGUAGAAUGAAGCCUAAAGAAUCAAUUAAAAUACAUUUACCAAUGAAA